GGCCCGGCCGCCGCUCCGCGCCCCGCCCCGCCCCGGGAAUGCGCUGCUCGGCGGCCGCUCGUAGGAGCUGCGCGGCGGGCGGGGAGCGGGAUGGAGGUGGAGGAGGCGUUCCCGCUGGUGGGGCAGAUGGGCCCCUAUCAGGUGUACCUGUGCGUCCUGCUGGCCGUGCUCCUCCAGCUCUAUGUGGCCACAGAAGCCAUCCUCAUCGCAUUGGUGGGUGCGACUCCUCCCUACCACUGGGAUCUCCAAGGGCUCUCAGCUAAUCAGAGCCAUGGCAACCAUUCAGUGAGCGAGCAGGGAGCUUUUGGGGAAUGGCUUCUGACUGCCAACGGCAGCGAGGUGCAUAGGCACGUGCACUUCGGCAGCAGCUUCACAUCCAUAGUCUCUGAGUGGUUUUUAAUUGGCAAUGCAUCUUACAAAGUCAGUGCUGCCAGUUCUUUCUACUUCAGUGGUGUGUUUGUUGGAGCCAUCUCCUUUGGCCAGCUGUCGGAUCGCUUUGGGAGGAAGAAAGUCUAUCUCACAGGUUUUGCACUUGACAUCUUGUUUGCCAUUGCAAACGGAUUCUCACCCUCAUAUGAAUUCUUUGCCGUUUCCCGAUUCUUAGUAGGGGUGAUGAAUGGUGGGAUGUCACUGGUAGCCUUUGUUCUACUGAAUGAGUGUGUGGGUACAGCCUACUGGGCAUUAGCAGGUUCUAUUGGUGGCUUGUUCUUUGCUGUUGGAAUUGCCCAGUAUGCUUUAUUAGGGUAUUUCAUCCGUUCCUGGAGGACUCUGGCUGUUGUGGUUAAUCUGGAAGGAACAGUCGUCUUUCUCCUCUCUCUCUUCAUUCCCGAGUCCCCCCGCUGGCUCUACUCCCAGGGCCGUCUGAACGAGGCAGAAGAUGCCCUCUACCUCAUUGCAAAGAGGAACCACAAGCAGAAAUGCACUUUUUCAUUGAAACUCCCAGCAGAGAGGAGCUCCAGAGAGGCUGGCAGCUUUCUGGACCUGUUCCGAUACAGGAUUCUCCUGGGACGCACCUUGAUCAUGAUGUUCACCUGGUUUGUGUGCAGCUUGGUUUACUACGGUCUUACACUUAAUGUGGGUGACUUAGGCGGAAGCAUUUAUGCCAAUUUAGCCCUGUCAGGCUUGAUAGAAAUCCCAGCGUACCCAAUCUGUAUUUACUUGAUUAACCAAAAAUGGUUUGGUCGGAAACGAACGUUGAGUGCAUUUCUGUUCCUGGGAGGAUUGGCUUGUCUUAUUGUCAUGUUUCUGCCCAAGAAGAGAGAUACUGGAGUGUUUGCAGUGGUGAAUAGUCGCUCUCUGUCUUUGCUGGGAAAACUGACAAUCAGUGCUGCAUUUAAUAUUGUCUACAUCUACACAUCAGAACUUUAUCCCACAGUCAUAAGGAAUGUUGGAAUGGGUGCCUGCUCCAUGUUUUCCCGUGUUGGUGGAAUCAUUGCACCUUUUGUCCCUUCAUUGAAAUCUGUACAGUGGUCUCUGCCUUACAUUGUGUUUGGAGCAACUGGUCUGUUGUCUGGGCUCUUAAGUUUACUGCUGCCAGAGACCUUAAACAGCCCCUUGCUAGAAACUAUUUCAGACCUGCAGGUGUGCUCCUACUGGAGGCUGGGUGAUGAAGCCAUGUCACUGCAAGCCCUAGAUGGCUCACAGUCUGGAGACAAAGACAGCUCUACAGGGAGUGGAAGUGAAGAUGAGGAGUUCUAUGAUGCUGAUGAAGAGACUCACAUGAUCAAGUAAUGAAAA